GUCCGUGAUUCUGCCCCACCUUCGUUUCGUAUGUAGCCGGAUGACUUCAUAAGUCAAGUAGUGGGGCCGCACCGCACCCACCCUGUACCGGUACCGUAUGUAACUAAGGAACGCGUGAAAUACCUCUUGACUCUUGAGCCCAAAUUGUGCCGCACAUCUUCUUCGACGACCACAUUUCAUAUAUACACGACCUCAUACGUGCCCAAUAUUCCGGCAGAACAGCAGUGAUGAACGGGUGCGAAACCAACCCCAACAGCCACAGCAACGGCCACGGUAGCGGCGUCGAAGAGCUCGACCCGCCCGCAGGCAUUGCAAAGCUGCAGCUCCUCGACGACCACGACGACCACGACGACCAGAAGAACACGGCUUCGGAUCCUAAUAUCCACCACGAAUCCGCGCCGCAGCUGCCGCAGCCAGCGACCGCCCCGAUGAGCAGGUUCAUCGACAUCACGAGGGAAUUUAUCGAGGCUUCUGAAAAGCUCGAUGUCGGCCAGCUCGUCAAAGAUCAUGAGUUCACGCUAUUCCAGGCGGUGGGAGCGUUAGAGAUCGGAGACUUGAAGAUGGACAGCGGCCUGCUCGAGCCGGAGUACGAGCUGUUUGAUGCGUGGAAACCAAGACUGCCCGAGGAGCUCGUGGGGAUUAUGGAUAGGCUCUUGUGCAAUGAGAUGGCGUGGCAUUCCGGCUCCGCACUCUCCCAGACGCUGUUUGCGAAUCUCUACAUCGACCAACUGCUCUCGUCGUGUCCGACGACACUGAAGCAGGCCACGUUCGGCGCACGGCCGGGCACGCCGGCAGAUCUGCUGGACGCACUAGGCCAGGACAUUGUGCAGAGCGUGCUCAGGCCGUACUGCAUCGCGCUGAUAAAGUGCUGCGGGUAUGUUUGCUGGCAGGUGCCCAGUGAGCGCAUGUACGAGGAAGAGGAUUUCGUCCAGCAGACCUACGGACUACCGCUCCUGCAGAUCGUGGACGCCCGUGAAGUCUUUGCCCUCCUGGAGUCGGCGUUGGAGUGGCUGGAUGAGAAUAAGGGGGCGCCAUCGUUGUCGGAGGAGCUGGCCACCGCCAUGCGCAAUCGCCUGCUGCUCAGGAAAUCACUGCUUGAGAACUUCUCGCUCGGCGCUGAGAUGUACCAUGAGGGUGUUGAGUCGACGUGGACCGGGUGUCUCGAGUUGGUCGCUAAGGUGGAGAAGGAGCAUGCCCUGGCGAAAGAGGUGCCUGAGGCGUGGAGCAUGUCGGUGCAGAGGAAGCUGGCCAGCUCCGUCCCGCCCAGGUCGCUGGUGGAAUUGCCAUUCGAGGAGGCGGCAACGACGCUAAAGCAGUUGUGUGCUGAAACGAAGGAUAUACUCAAGAUUCUGAACUAUGCUGGGGCGACGAAUACCAUGACAUAUUUCAUGCACUUCGGGGCAAGAAGGCCAGCCCCACUGCCAUACACCCGGUCGCUCAUACAGUCACUGUUCAUGAAGGACGUCAAGAUCAUUGGAAAGAUGCCGGUAAAGUGCAUCCUCUUUGAUGACCUCAGCGAGCUCUGCUACCCGAUGCAGGAGCUCCUAAAUCCAGCCAACUUCGAGGUCGAAGCCCCGCAGAGCCCACAAUUCCAGAUCGCGCGACGCAUGGACUGGUUCGUCGAGCGCGCUGGCAAGGCAUACAUCAACCUGUACCGCGACUUCUGCCAGAACCGCUCGCGUCUCCGCCGCAUCCUCUGCAAGUCCAUCCUGGACUGGGAUAGUCUCCAAGUGGAAGCCGAAGAGAUCGAUUCCGAGAUCCGCACGUUCACCCUGGAGGAGCCGCUCCAGACCCGCGACGGCCCGCAGUACAGCUUCUCCCUCUCCAGCUGGGUCUACCACUACAAGCUGCACCUGAUGGAAACCGUCGUCCUCCUCGGCUUCGAACUCGAGAUCUUCCCCCUCCACGAAUUCGCCGGAAUGUACUGGUACCUGCAAUACUACCUCCGCACGCGCGCCGCGCACGUCGAGCGCAUCUGCAGCUUCGUCACUAAACCCCCCGCCUCCUCCUCCUCCUCCGCCGAAGACCAGGAGGCCUACCAAAAGACCCACUCGCUGCUAAACUACCACCUCCUAACCAUCACGUCGAUGCAAGACCUGUCCACAGGCCUAGUUUACCUCUACUGCGUGCUCGCACGCCACUCCCUGCUCGGCCCGACCCCGCCCGCCGACGCCCUCCGCUACGAAGGCCGUCUAAAGCCGUUCCUGACAAUCGGCUGCCCCGAGGUCGUCGCGUACUCCGCGUUCCGCGACGUAGUCGACAACGUCGAGAUCUCUGACGCCGAGCUGCUAUCCUACGCCGCCGAGCACCUGCAGGAGGCCAAGCGAGGGUACAUGCACAUUGCCAAACUCGACGCCGACACCGCUAGGGCGACAUUGUGUGAACAGGAUUGGAGGAAAAAUAUGCAGAGGUUGCUCAGGAGCUGCUUUGGUGCGGCUGUGGCGGUCGGCGUGCUCGCUAGGGAGAUGGAGGUGGGGGGGCUGGAGGGGGUCAAGGUCAGUCUCGAUAGGGGCGCGGGGUAUCAUGAGGCGUUUCCCGUGCCGGUUGUGGGCGUGAGGAAGUAGGAAGUAGUGUGGGAGGGGACGGUGGUGGUGCGUUGGUGUACGUUACGUUACGAUAUCAAGGGAGUGAGUGCUGUGCUGUGCUGUGCGUGGGUAGAUAGUAGGUUUGCUAGCGGAGUUGGUCUCUACAUACUUCUUUUCUUCUUCUUCUAUGCUUACACGAUUGUUGUCAUGGCGAGUGAUAUUUCAAGAUCGUGUUCGAUCAUUGAUGGGCAUUGGCCUCGGUAUAGUAGAGUAUCACUCAUUCUUCUCCCGUGGAGCUGCCCAUUGUUCUGUUCUGCUCAUAGACCGACCGACUGACCGAUCGUCUUAUCCAUCCA